GGGGCCUGGUCCCAGUGCUGCUGUUGUCGGGUUCCCUCCCCGCGCUUCCUCGGGGUCUGGCCCCCUUUGCGCCUCCCGUCCCCACCGCGGGCAGCCUCCGGAACUCACGAAGUACCCUUGAGUGUUCAGAAGGUUCUCCUCUUAAGAAGUUAAAGAAGGUAGUGGAAAAGAACCACCUGAGCUUUUCCAUCCCUAAAUGGCUACAGAAUCAAGAAAGUCUUCUUCAGUCCCAUCUCCACCAGACCAGGCUCCUGAAGAGGAUCUUGUCAUUGUCAAAGUAGAAGAGGAUCAUGAUUGGGACCAGGAAUCUAGCCUGCAUGACAAUAACCCUCCUGGCCAAGAACUAUUUCGCCAACGCUUCAGACAGUUAUGCUACCAGGAGACACUGGGACCCCGAGAAGCUCUGAUCCAGCUUCGGGCACUUUGCCAUCAGUGGCUUAGGCCAGACUUAAACUCCAAGGAGCAAAUCCUGGAGCUUCUGGUACUAGAGCAGUUCCUGACAAUCCUGCCAGAGGAUCUGCAGACUCUGGUUAAGGAGCAUCAGUUAGAAAAUGGAGAGGAGGUGGUGACCCUAUUGGAGGACUUGGAAAGGCAGAUUGAUAUACUAGGACGACCAGUCCCAGCUCGUGUACAUGGGCAUAGGGUACUUUGGGAGGAGGUAGUGCCUCCAGAAUCUGCACCGGAACCUCCAAAUACUCAGCUCCAACCUGUGGCAACCCAUCAUAUCUCUCCAGUGCCCCAAAGACAACAAGAGAAAGCCAAGUCUACUUCUCAGAGUCCUACUCCAUCCCAGAAAGGAAGUUCUGGAGACCAGGAGAUGACAGCUACACUUCUUACAGCAGGGUUCCAGACUUUGGAGAAGAUUGAAGACAUGGCUGUGUCUCUUAUUCGAGAGGAGUGGCUUCUUGAUCCAUCACAGAAGGAUCUGAGUAGAGACAACAGGCCAGAGAAUUACAGAAACAUGUUCUCCCUGGGUGGUGAGACCAGGAAUGAGAACAAGGAAUUAGCUUCAAAACAGGUAAUAUCUACUGGAAUCCAACCACAUGAAGAGCCAACUGCCAAAUGCAACGGGGAUGUUAUCGGGGGUCUUGAGCAUGGAGAAGCCCGAGAUCUUCUGGGCAGAUUAGAGAGGCAGCGGGGAAAUCCCACACAAGAGAGACGACAUAAAUGUGAUGAAUGUGGGAAAAGCUUUGCUCAGAGCUCAGGCCUUGUUCGCCAUUGGAGAAUCCACACAGGGGAGAAACCCUAUCAGUGUAAUGUGUGUGGUAAAGCCUUCAGUUACAGGUCAGCCCUUCUUUCCCAUCAGGAUAUCCACAACAAAGUAAAACGCUAUCACUGUAAGGAAUGUGGUAAAGCCUUCAGUCAAAACACAGGCCUGAUUCUGCACCAGAGAAUCCACACUGGGGAGAAGCCUUAUCAGUGCAAUCAGUGUGGGAAGGCUUUCAGUCAGAGUGCGGGUCUUAUUCUGCACCAGAGAAUCCACAGUGGGGAGAGACCCUAUGAAUGUAAUGAAUGUGGGAAAGCUUUCAGUCAUAGUUCACACCUCAUUGGACAUCAGAGAAUCCACACUGGGGAGAAACCCUAUGAGUGUGAUGAGUGUGGGAAAACCUUCAGGCGGAGCUCACAUCUUAUUGGCCAUCAGAGAAGCCACACUGGGGAGAAACCCUACAAAUGUAAUGAGUGUGGGAGGGCCUUCAGUCAGAAGUCAGGCCUAAUUGAACAUCAGAGAAUCCACACUGGAGAAAGACCCUAUAAAUGUAAAGAAUGUGGGAAAGCUUUCAAUGGGAACACUGGCCUCAUUCAACAUCUGAGAAUCCACACAGGGGAAAAACCCUAUCAAUGCAAUGAGUGUGGGAAAGCCUUUAUUCAGAGGUCAAGUCUCAUUCGACAUCAGAGAAUCCACAGUGGAGAAAAGUCUGAAACCAUAGGAGUUUAGAAAAAGCUUUGGUCUUAUGGUUUCAGGAAACCAUGCACUGGUGGAAAGAUCUUUUAAUGUAGUAAAAAAGGCAGAAAGUUUGUCAUUAUCUAGUGAUAGAAUCUAUAAUGGUGGCAAAGUUAAGACUAGAUCUUCAGUAGUUGGGGCCCAGUGCCUUGAUGCAGGUUGAUUAGCUUGACUGUUUGGGGAAGUAUCUGAUGAAGUGACACUCCCAACAGCGUAAUAUAUCCUUUAAAAAUUUUAAAUAACAUUUUAGCAAGUUGCUUGUUGUGGCUUGAGGCACUAAACUUUGUCAUUUGGGUGAAUAGCUGUAGGUUUGAGAGAGGCUGCUACUCUUAGCUCCUCUGCUUCUUCCCAUCUCCUAUGAUCCUCUUCUCCCAUUUACUCCCCUGAAGGUGCCCUUGUUAACUCCUAAUCUGAUCUAAGAAGCUGCUUUACAGUCAAAAGCAGACUUCAAUAAGACUUAUAUUUGUAUUUAGCUUUCUAAGAGCCUAGUUCUAGGAAAUUUUUAUAGACACUUAAUGUAUUUAUGCUUAAGUGUUUCAUUUUUUUAUUCUAAUAUUCAUUCUAUUUGGUGGAAAUCCAUAUUCCCAUGC